AUAAUAAUAGCAGAAAAGGAAAACGCAAUAUCCUCAUUUUGUUUGCGUGUUUUUUUCUGCAGCCCCUUAUCUCCUAAUAUUCCCAGUUCAAAUUGCAUCGAUAAACAUGUGGAUAAGAUUUAUUUAUUUUUAGUUUUUUGUUUCUCGCAGGAAUGUUGGAAUCCACACGCUAUAAAUUUAUCUUUUUUCCGCUGAUUUUUAAUCUCAUCGAACAUUUGCAUGGAACGAUAGCCAGAAUGUUCAGUAUCACAAGGAACCAAAACUGGAAUGUUUGUGCUGUUGUCGAUUUUGUGAAUGUGUGACGAGAAGGGAUUAGUUUCCUAAUCAUCGCAAAUGAUGGGUUAUGUGGAGAAAUUUGAUAAAGAGAAGGCCAAUAUUGAGAUAAGCAGCACAAAACAAGGCAGCAAUUUAGACAAACAAGUUCAAGAGCUUCCCAUAAAUGAUAGGUCUCUUGAUGAGAAAUUACAGUUUCAGCCAAUGCCCGGAUCGACUCCUUGCACCAUCUGCACGAGCGGGGAGAGUUGUAAAAUUGUUCGUUCGAGGACCAAGUUGAUGAACAUUUUGUUGGAACGAGGGAAGCCGCAGGAAGUCCAGUCGGUCUUCAACAAUUUGAUUCAAGGAGGGCACAAGCCGUCUCUAGUGACCUACACCACGCUCUUAGCCUCGUUGACAGUUCAGAAACGCUUUGAUCACAUACAUUCAAUAAUCUCCGAGGUGCAAAAGAAUGGGAUGGAGCCUGAUCCGGUGUUCUUCAACGCUGUUGUCAAUGCAUUCUCGGAAUCUGGGGACAUGGAUGGAGCUAUGAGAAUGUUGUCGAAGAUGAAGGAUCAUGGGAUCAAGCCAACAACGAGCACGUACAAUACUCUGAUUAAAGGGUACGGGAUUGCAGGAAAACCCGAAGAAUCUUUAAAGAUAAUGGAGUUCAUGUCGAGGGAAGAAAAUACAAAGCCCAAUGUGAGGACGUAUAAUGUCCUUGUCAGGGCGUGGUGUAACAGAAAGAACGUCGAGGAGGCUUGGGAUGUAGUGUCGAAGAUGUUGGCUUCGGGGAUACAGCCCGAUGCAGUGACUUACAACACGUUGGUUACGAGUUAUGUUCAAAACAAGCAAACGGGUAAGGCGGAAGAUGUGAUCAUGGAGAUGCAGAAGAGGAACGUGCAGCCGAAUGACAGAACUUGCGGCAUCAUAAUCUCGGGUUAUUGCAAAGAAGGUCGAGUGAACGAAGCCUUGAGAUUCGUGUACAAGAUGAAGAGCUUCGGUAUACGCCCUAACCUCGUUGUUUUCAACUCGUUGAUCAAAGGGUUCCUCGACAUAUCGGAUAGGGACGGUGUUGAUGAGGUUCUGACAUUGAUGGAGGAAUUCGGAGUCAAGCCCGACGUGAUCACUUUUAGCACGAUCAUGAAUGCUUGGAGUGCUGCAGGUUACAUGAUCAAGUGCAGGGAAAUCUUCGAUGACAUGGUAGAAGCCGGGAUAAAACCCGACGCCCACGCUUACAGCAUCCUCGCUAAAGGCUACGUACGCGCCCAGGAGCCGGAGAAGGCUGAGGAGCUCUUGGACGCCAUGAAAACAUCCGGUGUUCGACAGAAUGUAGUCAUCUUCACCACGGUCAUCAGUGGGUGGUGCAGCAGCGGCUCGAUGGACUCUGCAAUGAGGGUGUUUGGGAAGAUGGUCGAAUCCGGGAUCUCUCCGAAUCUGAAGACCUUCGAAACCCUAAUUGGCGGUUAUGCCGAGAACAAGAAGCCGUGGAAGGCCGAGGAGGUGCUCCGCCUGAUGGAAGGAUUCAAUGUCCGCCCCGAGAGGAGCACUCUCCAGCUGGUGGCAGAGGCGUGGCGCUCCAUCGGGCUCACCAAGGAGGCGAACAGAGUGAGAGGCGCGUUGAGGAAGAAGACGACCACGACGUCUCAUCCAUCACCACCAUCGGUUCAAGAAACGCCCACGGCUCAAGAGAGUUUGGAGAUGUUUUAUCAAAAAGAAGCUGUGAAUUCCUCUGGGACGAGGCUGCAGAUACCGAAUGUGGUUCUGAGUGAUCAGAAGGGCUCGAGCAAACGGAGCCGGAUGGUGUUGAGGGAAGCCGAGCCCUCCUCGUCCGAGGGGCUCUGCCCUACGAGGGCCGUGAACCUUACUUGUAGAUAUGGCGAACGAGGUGCUCCCACGGUCAGCCGGAGGCGGCAGGUGUUCGCCUGCGGACAGUUCGCUCCGGUUUGCACGCUCCUCCUGCUGAACUGAACGACGACGAUGCCCUUCGACCGGACAAUGAGGCGUUGCUUCGGUUUAAGAUGGAUGCACAUACAAGUUUAACUGACUGUUUUGUACAUAAGAAAGGGGAAAUGUGGUUGCCAUUUGAUGAUCUUUCAACUUUAUGUAUUGUUCAUUACCAUAUGGUUUAUUGGUUGGGCACCAAACAAUGAUCUUCUUCUUGGAUCUCAUCCAUUGAAGUUCGUAUUUAUUGACAUAUUUAUAAUUUUGCUAUC